GCGGAAGUGUUCGUAAACUGGCAGAAAAUAAUUGAAGUUGUUUUACAGCUGCAGCUGUACACUUUUACUUUAGUUUUACAUACAGGACUGGACAAAAUUAUGAUGUAGCGAUUAGGACGAGUUGCAACUCCGUCAUCAGAUGUCACUGAGAAUCGCAAGAUUAAACCGGGAAAACAUUGCUCAACAUGCCGUUCACUAUGGCUGACAUGGAGUUGCUAAGUGCAGAGCUCCCUCUAGAGGCAGCGGACGGCAAGUCUCUGCCCGAGGCUAUCAAAGACAAGUACUUCAAUGACGAGCCCCUGUCAGGCAUGAUCCUGGGACAAGUCAACAUUAUAUCCAACAUGCCCGUUCUCAAAGAUUCCAGGUCCGGAGCUAUAAAUCUCCCACCAUGCCUUGCUCUGAAUUACUGUUGCAUUGUGGGAGCUGGAGACCAGGGUGAGGUGGAGAAGAUGUGCAAGAACGUGACGGAGUUGGACCUUUCCGAGAACAGCCUGAGCAAAUGGCAGGAGGUUUUGUCCAUCACUGGCCAGAUCCCCCAGCUGUGCUUCCUCAACCUGAGCAGUAACCCCCUCAGCACCGCUAUGCCGGCCCAUCUGGCCCCCGUCCCGCUGAUGGCCGGCAUUACUAACUUGGUCCUGAAUAACACAAAGGUACCCUGGAGCACAGUGCAUGUGUUGCUGGAUGGUACACCCAGGCUAGAACAACUCCACUUGAGCCUGAACGACUACGGGGCGGUCCACCCGGCCGACAAAAGCUACCCGACAGUCACACUGUUACAGUUCAACCGAAACCAGAUCACCGACUGGACGGACGUGACCAAGCUGGGCCAGAUGUUCCCCAACCUGGAAUGCUUCUUCGUCUCUGAGAACGACGUCAGGGGACUUACGGAAUCCGUGGGAGCGCACUUCCCCGGUCUCAAGAGCCUGUGCCUGAGCGAGACGGGCCUGGCAUCGUGGGAAGAGAUCGACGCCUUGGCGUCGUUCCCGGCACUCACCGAGGUGCGUCUAAAGCGCGUGCCACUGGCUGAAGCGUACGGGGAGAAAGAGCGCCACCAGCUGAUGAUCGCCAGGCUGACGCGGCGCGUGACACGACUCAACGGGAGCCGGAUCGGGGACACGGAACGGGAGCAAGCCGAGAGGGCUUUUAUCAGACACUACAUGAACCGAGAAGAUAAACCUAAAAGGUACCACGAGCUCAUCGAGACCUACGGAAACCUGAAUCCAUUAGCCAACGUGGACCUCCGCCCCAAGACCCACGUCAAGUGCCUGGUGCGCUUUGAGGACACGUCCCAGGAAGUCAACAUCUCAGUCAAGCAGACCGUGGGCCAGUUCAAGCAGACCCUUCAGGACUUUGUGGGUCUACCCCCGUCCCAAUUCCGGCUCUGGUACUGCGACCAAGAAAUGAUGCGUGGCUGUGGUGCCACUUUGUUGAGGUACCCCGGAAAGCUCCUGUACUCUCUAAGAAUUCAGGACGGAGACGAGUUUGUCAUCGACAGAAAGUAACGACCAACUUGAACAAUAUCUUCUUUUUUUAUACCAACAUGGCAUUUUUGUGCUGCUAUUUUAUCGGAGGUGAUUUAGUGAAUUAUUAGUAUGAUAAAUUAUUGUUUUACUGAUAUCGACCCUUAGGCCAAAAAAAAAAGUCUCCGGUUUCUGGUAUGCGCGCGCGUCGCCGUAGCCAUGCACGUCGGCAAAAUGAAAAAAAAAAUUUUCAAUAA